AUGAGUGACCCCGAGCUGGGCAGUGACAAAGUGACGGAGCCCAGCGUGGGGCGCAGUUGGCGCGGGGCCUGGUACGAGCGGUUUGUGCAGCCGUGUCUGGUGGAACUGCUGGGCUCUGCCCUCUUCAUCUUCGUUGGAUGCUUAUCUGUCAUCGGGAACGAGGCGCACCUGGGGCUGCUGCAGCCGGCGCUGGCGCACGGGCUGGCCCUGGGCCUGGUCAUCGCCACGCUGGGGAACAUCAGCGGUGGACACUUUAACCCUGCGGUGUCCCUGGCAGCGAUGCUGAUUGGAGGCCUCAAGAUGAUCAUGCUCCUUCCCUACUGGAUCUCCCAGCUGUGCGGGGGGCUGAUUGGGGCUGCGUUGGCCAAGGCAGUGACUCCUGGGGAGAGGUUCCAGAAUGUGUCAGGGGCGGCCUUUGUGACGGUCCAGGAGCACGGGCAGGUGGCAGGGGCUGUGGUGGCAGAGAUCAUCCUGACCACUGUACUGAUACUGGCUGUCUGCAUGGGCGCCAUCAAUGAGAAGACACAGAGCCCGCUGGCCCCAUUCUCCAUUGGUUUUUCUGUGACGGUGGAUAUCCUGGCAGGGGGAGCUGUGUCUGGAGCCUGCAUGAAUCCUGCCCGUGCCUUUGGACCUGCAGUGGUGGCCGGCCGCUGGGAUUACCACUGGAUCUACUGGCUGGGCCCGCUCCUGGCCAGCAUGUUCGUAGGAAUGCUUGUCAGGUUUUUCAUUGGAGAUGCAAAAACCCGCAUAAUCCUAAAGGGAGAAUGAAACCAAGAUGGUGGCAUUCCUGCUGUUCCGGUGCCCUCCGAGACUGCUCCUUGGCUAAAGAAAGGGCCACUACUACAUUUCCUCCUCGGACCGGUGCCCAGAAGCUGCUGGCUGGCUUCCUGACGUGGGUCCUGCUUUUCAGAUUGACUGCUGCUAAGUCCUGAAGAUGGUUGAGCAUCUUCAAAUGCUUUCAUAUUCACCAGAGGCCUUUU